AUGCUGAAUCAGUGGCCGUCAGUACAGUACACCGGUGACAUAGACCAGCAUGGGCAACCAGUUAGUGACUCUCAGGUGCUCCUUUUUGCGGAGCAGCUCGAAAAACACGUAAACCCACAUGUCUCUUCGCAGCUUAAUAUGAAUAAAGCAAAACAAGUCAUCUUAGAUAACAAUCCGAAUGCUGAGGCAUUCCUUGCGAAGUAUAAAGAGUUACAGCUUCGAAACAUUCGAGAACUGGACCCGUUUGUCUAUCUUCUGGCAAAAAUCAAGCAUGACCCAGAUUUACUUAACGCCAUUAACACUAACAGAACCUCCAAAAACGGGAAUCAGUCACAAACCGACGAUGUCGACCAGCUGCAACGCCUUAUCCACAGUCAGGAUAAUUCAUACAAUACUUCGGCUGAGCCUCAGCAGGAACAAUAUACUUCUGACGAUGAAAAUACAUACUAUCCUGCUUAUGGGAUGGGCGAUGGCGACCUGAAUGAUCAGGAGAGCUGCCUUGAGCGUUUACAAGCGUUGGCCAAUGUGGGGUUCGACACAUCUAAAAAGCGGUCGAAGCAGCCUCUGAGAACUCUCCCGCAGUGGAUCUAUGAGCGUCCAUACCUCUCUAUGGACUACUUUCUGAGUGAUAUUCUUACCGCAAAGGGUAAUGAUGGAGCUUAUAUUAAAGCUUUGCCACUCAAGGAUGCUCGGAGCGCGCGAAACUUCGCUAUUGAUGAGAAUAUGCGUGAGUUUCAGUUUGGCUCUUACAUAUGUACAUCUCACUUCUGUUUUCUUUGA